UAAGCCUUAUAAAAAUGAUACAAGUGUCCCACAUAUGCUCAAUAUUUUAAUAUAAAUAUGUAUAAAUUGCAGAAGAUUUCUAUUAUGUUUCAGAGUAUCUAAUAUCUGGCAAAACUAGCAAGUUUUGAUGUCUUAUAUAGAUAACAUAGUUUGCAAAAUUGGUAAUAGUUUUUGCAAUGAUUGAGAUUAACAGGAAUGAUUGGAGCAUAUCAGUAUGAUUAGGAUUGGUCACAUAAAUAUAUAAAAUCAAAAAAUUUGAGAAGCCAAAAAUAUUUUGUUCUAAAUUAUUCUUUUACAUUCACAUUUCAAAAGAUGGAUCACUUUUGAAAGGCACAAAUCCAAAAUAUAAAAGAUAACAAUGAAAAAUAAGGGAGAAUAAUUCAAUAAAAGUAAUUAUGUAUAUUUAUUAUAAACUAUCAUACUAAAUGAUGAUGACCAAAACUUUUCACUUGUAGCUAAGAUGACAGUAGGCUCCACAGUGGCCCAAUGCUUCUUGAACAUUCAUGAGAAUCAAGUAUUGGAUAAUACAGAGACAAAUAAACAAAAGUUUACUUGAAACAAGUGGCCACUGAAUUUAAUGCUACUUCAUAAUCUUAUGACAUCUCACUUCUUUUGUGUUGGGAUCUUUACUUUCUUACAUUUAGAAGUUUCUCUCUAACCUUUGCUUUCCUUCUUUUGAUUUGCUUUCCUCUUUCUUAUGUGGUACUGGAUGGAGAAUAUUGUAAUAGUGGUGGCAGAUGGCAAAUAUCAGAGUUGCUAUGACUAGUAAAUAUAAUAGUAGAAACAUCUCCUCUGUUACUCAAUCUCAAGUCUAUUUUGUUUUACUGUUCUCCGCAUCGGUUUUCCUCUUCUACUUUUCCUUCUGCCAAUCCUCUCUUCUUUUUCUUCUUUUCAGGCUAUUGAGUAAGCUAGAUUUGGUUAAAACUUGCCGACUAGUUCAUUUUCACUAAGUGUAGUUUAUUAUGAUAUAUCUCUGGCUAUAAGACCAAGAAAUUAGCUAAGACUGGAUCAGCCUUGAACGAUAUGAAAAUUGACUGACAUCAUGAAUUAUAAUGGACGCGUCACUGGUACAUCAUACAAAGUAUUAACAUCUCAUGGGUGACUAAUGCUUGAGACAUAUACCUGAAAUUCAAACUUGACAUAAAUCGGAGCUUCAUCCAUUUUUUUUCUUUUAGUUUUGAUUUUUGAAUACUCUUCCCUCCUCUUUUCUUUAUCGUGUAGCACUAUUCUCUCUUGAUUCUUUUCUUUUUCAUCUUUGUUCUUCUAUCUAUAUUUAUAUUCAUUUUCUCUUAAGUGAUCCUGAUGAAAACUCUCCUCAUCAUUCUAAAGAUGUCUUUUCUUCACUAAAGUUGCUUGUGUGAAUCACAGUUAUAAAACAUGACUUUGGUCUCUCUUUGGGGCAUGCUAUAGGUGAAGUAAGAAGCAGUUAGUGAUUUUUGUAAUUGGAUAUUGGAUGUGCACGAGAUGUUGUGUUUUACUGGAUUGUCUGUGCAUCUCUUGAGUUUAACUUGUGGUUCCUGAGGCUGUGCAUUGUGAAAGGUGUCAAAUAGGUGAAGGCAUGUCUGAGGUUUUAGCAUUUGCGCUUCAUAACGCUGAGUGAUCAUCAUGGGUGUAUGCAUAUCAAAGCCAAGCGGUAGAUCUAGGACUCGAAAGUACACCCACAGAUCCAGAAAAUACCAUGGAAAAAUUUCAGGUUCCCGUCCUAAGGCAUCUAAAACUCAGAUUGGCACUGCUGGAAAUUGCUUAACUGAUUAUGCUUUAAGUGAGUUUGUUCAUGUUGAGACUGCUGCAAGAACAAGCGGAAAAUUCCAUCUAACGCAGUUGCAGUGGCACCAUAGUCAGAUUGACUCUUAUGGAAUAUGCCAGGAAGACACAUGGUUUGACUCGGUCAGCAUUUUAGAGUCUGAUUCUGAUGAUGAUUUCAGCAGUGUCCAUGGAGAUUCUAGUCCAUCAGUGGAUGAAAUAGGGGCUCAAAUGUUGCAAUAUGAAAAUGCUUCACGACUAGUUGAUGCAAUGUAUAAGUUGGAGGGAUUUUGUGGUACUACUCCAGUGACGUUGGCAGUUGAACACUACUUAAAAAGAGAAGGUAAGAUGGAUAAGAUUUCAUGCAAGGACGAAGCGAAGGAUGCUGAUGGCUCAGAAAUUAUAAAGCCUCACCGUCGUGAACUUCCUAUGGGAAAGGUCAAUAAGACCCUAGGCUCCGAAGCUUGUAUGAAGAAGAGAAAGUUUUUGGCAGAUUCAUAUGGUAGCUUUAAAGGUUUGAGAGAAAGACAUGAUACUGAAGAGAAGUCUCUUGGGAACAAGAAACAAUCAUACUUGCGCAAAUUAGUUUCUUCUGUGAGCUUCAAUGAUAAGAUCUAUCACAUGACAAAACUUAGCCCAUCUUGUCAAAAGAAAAAGUCUGCAGUUAUCAGGCUUUCUUACACAAGGAAGUCUUAUGAUGGAGAAGAAACCACCGAGUUCCGUGCCUCAACAAGACUCUUAUUUCGUCCCCGAGGAGGUCUAGUUAUUCCACAUGCUCGAGGGGAGAAACCAACUCCAGGAUGCUGGUCCUAUCUUGAUCCUUCUACUUUUGAUCUUCGUGGAGAAAGCUACUUCAGGGACAAGAAAAAAUCUCCGGCUCCAAACUAUGCACCAUAUUAUCCUAUUGGUGUUGACUUGUUUGUAUGCCCACGCAAAAUACAUCAUAUUGCUCAACACAUUGAGCUUCCAUAUGUCAAGCCACAUGGGAAACUUCCCUCGCUGCUGAUUGUUAAUAUUCAGGUGCCUACUUAUCCUGCUGCAAUGUUUCUUGGUGAAGGUGAUGGUGAAGGAAUGAGCCUUGUGUUGUAUUUUAAAAUUUCUGAAUCAUAUGAGAAAGAAGUUUCUUCUAGUUUCCAGGAUUUAGUAAGGAAAUUUAUCGAUGAUGAAAUGGAAAGGGUUAAAGGAUUUGCAAGUGAAUCCAGUGUACCCUUUAGAGAGAGGUUAAAAAUUAUUGGUGGAGUGGUCAACCCAGAGGAUCUUAAUUUGAGCGCUGCAGAAAGAAAGCUAAUACAAGGAUAUAAUAGGAAGCCUGUGCUUUCACGCCCUCAACACACUUUUUAUCAGGGUGAAAAUUACUUUGAGAUUGACCUUGACAUACAUCGCUUCAGCUACAUAUCAAGAAAAGGCCUAGAAGCUUUUCGAGAUCGUCUGAAGCAUGGGAUCCUUGAUUUGGGUUUAACAAUCCAGGCCCAGAAGCAGGAGGAACUUCCAGAGCAGGUCCUCUGCUGCAUGAGGUUGAACAAGAUUGAUCUUGUUGAUCAUGGGCAAAUUCCAACUCUCGUCACGCUCGGCAACUAAAAUAUCUGAAGAGAGCAAACUAGUUAUACUGGAGCCAAUUCAAGAAUAUCCUUCAAUGUAUUCAAUGUAAUCCUAUUGAUGAUCCAUUUUACUAACAUUCUCCGUAUAUUCGAUCCUAUCACCUAAUAAAGACUAUUUAUGCAAUCGAAGCGUCAGUUCCUUCA